AUGUAUUUUUUCUUUUUGCAAUGCAGCGCAAUUUCAUUAAUUUUUAGAUCAAAGAAAUCAGAAGACAGUAGAGUUGACAUAUUCAAAGAUAUUGCUGAUGGCACGCUGAUCAUACAUAAUAUAACCAAUAAUAACACUGCUGAUCUUGAUGACGAACGACGCAAAGAGUUUGCAAGAUCACUGUCUGAAAUUAGCGCUCAACCAACCACACCUUUCAACUUAAUGAUAUUGUUGAACUUCCAGUCUGCCAUUUUGGCCGGGAUUCUCUUUGAUUAUCAAAGGGUUAAUUCACUUUACAAAGUUGAGGUUAUAAUCGAUGAAUUGGCCUGGGCAUAUUCAAAAUCAUUAUUUGGUGGUUCAUUUGUGAAUAUUGCACCUUUUGAAUCCGACGAUCUGUCCCUAUAUCUUUUCUAUUUAUUUAUUUAUAAGAAAUCUGUUAGACUAGGGAAUACUCCUAAUCUGUUGUCCAGCUCACUAAAUCCCGAUAUCUUUAUUUCAUUACUUGAAAGCAGCUCUAAGACUAGAACGCAGGCAGAGACCUUUGUUAAGAUCUUUAGGCAUUCCAAGCCAGACAUCAAAUGCGAUUGUCUGAUACAAUUCUUUGAGCUUUGUGAAGCUUUCAUCAGCUCAUGCAACUACUGUGUAUCAGAAGGAUGGUUGGAGUCGAUUAUACAAAAAUAUUCCAAAAAGGAGAACUUAAAUAUUAAGCUGCUCAAAGAUCAAAUUGCUGAUUUUACACAAUGCGUUAAAAUCUUAAAAAAACAGCUUGGCGAUGUGAGGAAUGAAAUACUGGUCUGGGAAGCUUUGCCUCAGUAUGUUAAGGUUGAUAUUGAUGAUGUGAAAGGCAGCGAUGAAAGCACCAUGCCAAAUCCAUCAAUCCAAGAUAUUAAGCCUGAAUUAGGUGGAAACGAAUCUGCCGGUUUGACCAGUACUUUAGCAUCGGAAAAUAAAGGACCAAUCGAAAGUGAGACGGAUAGAGUCAAGUGUUAG